AUGUCGUACCGCCCUCAUCCACUUCGACAGGCACAGACAGUUGACUAUUCGCUGCUCGAUCGUCAACCCUCCACCACAUCGUCGGCCUCCUCAGGAUACUCAUCCUCGUCCGGCCAUUACGACCUCAGCCGAACCACCACGCAGUCGUCUACACAGUCCAGCGGCUAUGGACCAAUGGGCCAUAAGCGCGGCAAGAGCGAGGCCACCGCUCGCCUCCCUCCCUCACCAAGGAGCCCGGACGACCGGCCGCAGACCAGUGUUGGCAGCAUGUACAGUAUGGCAAGACAAUCUCUGAGGCCGCUCCCUCAGCCGCCAUCCUCAACACCCAACACCCCUUCCCGCGAGCACCACCGCCACGAGCGAGGCCAGUCCAUCGACAUUGGCAAGCUGUCCCUCCAGGACAAGGAGCCAUCCUCGCCGACCCCUCCCUCUCGCCUGCGGGCAUCGACACUCCGCCCAACCUCGAUGGUCCUCAGCCGCUCCGACACCGUCAAGGGAGGGAGCGCUGGUCUGCCUCUCCCACAGAUCCCCAUGCACCAGUCUUUGGCUGCCCCGCUCGGUAGACCCGAUCUCGUGAGCAUGGGACGGUCCUCCACGAGCCAGCUGCGGACCUUGUCAAAACUCGCCCAAUCCGGAGAAGCGGAGGAGUUCGCCAUCACCACGCCUGCACAGGAGGUCGUUGGUCUGCGCGGCCGUCGGAGGCUCCAGAACCUAAACUCGGACCGGUCGAGUCAGCGCGGCGGUGGAUAUGGCUGGGAGAGCAGGAACUGGAUGGACAAGCAGCGGCAGUUCCUCCAGGCGUACGAAUAUCUUUGCCAUAUCGGAGAGGCCAAGGAAUGGAUCGAAGACAUUAUCCACAGACCAAUACCCCCUAUCGUCGAACUCGAAGAGGCAUUACGAGAUGGCGUGACACUCGCCGAGGUGGUCGAGGCGCUUAACCCGGACAGGCGAUUCAGGAUAUUUCGGAAUCCUCGGCUCCAAUACAGGCACUCUGACAAUAUCGCCAUCUUCUUUCGGUAUCUGGACGAGGUUGAGCUGCCCGACCUGUUCAGGUUCGAGCUCAUCGACCUCUACGAGAAGAAAAAUAUCCCAAAGGUCAUCUAUUGCAUCCAUGCGCUCAGCUGGCUGCUCUUCCGCAAGGGUAUAGUGGACUUCCGCAUCGGAAAUCUCAUCGGACAGCUCGAGUUUGAGCACCACGAGCUGGAGGCCAUGCAGAAAGGUCUGGAUAAGCUCGGGGUCAACAUGCCCAGCUUCGGAACGAUGGGUGCCGAUUUUGGCGAGCCAGCACCUCCUGAGCCACAGGAGACGGAGGAGGAGAGAAUCGACCGUGAGUUGGGCGAACAGGAAGCCAGCAUUAUCGAGCUUCAAGCCCAGAGCAGGGGGGCGCUGUGCAGGAUGAGGCUGGGAAAGAAGAUGCAGCAGCUCUGGGAUGCCGAGGACCUGUUAAUCGACCUUCAGUCCCGCAUCCGUGGAGACUGGGCCCGCCAAGUCCUCGGAUACCGACUGCAGAUGAGGCGCUUCGCCAUCAACCUACAAAGCGCAGCUCGAGGAUUUCUUGCCCGCCGAAGACAGACCCAGAAGGAUAGGGCACUAGACAACAUGCAAGGGCCGAUCCUUGACCUGCAAAGCAUGAUACGGGCUGCUAAAGUUCGUAAAGAGGUACGCGACGUGCACUCGCAACUCGCUCAAGUGUCCGGUCCUGUCCGAAAUAUUCAGGCGGCCUUCAAGGGCUACCUGGCCCGCCAGAAUAUUGAUCGUCAGAAGCAUGAGACGGCUCAAAUGGCUGGCCCUAUCGUUGGGUUCCAGGCUGUCGUCCGUGGCGCCCUUCUGAGGAGCAGGCUAGACGAGGACCAGCAACUCCUAGCACAACGAGCCCAGGCCAUCACGGACCUGCAGGCGGCCGCGCGGGCAAUGCUGACAAGGACUCAGGUCGCCGUGCAGCGAGAAACUCUCCAGUUCCACACACCGGACUGGGAGGCUCUGCAAGCCGCCUGUCGAGGCAGAUCAGCACGGCUUGCCGUUCAGCAGACCAAGGCAGAACUUCAGCAGCACAUAGCAGCUAUACAACAACUACAGUCAUGCAUUCGGGCUGCUGCGGUUCGCCGCGACGUUUCGGACACGCUCGACGGCCUGCAUGCACACGAAGCCGAGAUUGUUGACCUUCAGUCACUGGCCCGCGGCAUGUUGAACCGGCAGCGGGUGGCUACAGACCUGGAGGCACUGGACAGACAGACUCCACAGAUCACCGACUUACAAGCAUGCAUCCGCGGUUGCAUGUAUAGGGGUCAACACAAAGAUCUGCUGGAUGAGCUGAAGUCUCACGAGGACGGUGUCAUUGCUCUACAGUCCAUCAUUAGGGCAACGAUGCUGAGAGGUGAUAUCGGCUUCCUGCUUGGUGCGCUUGAGGAGGAAGAAGAGUCGAUCGUCGCCGUUCAAACUGCUGCCCGAGCCUUCCUCGUGCGGGCUAAAUUUGAGGAGAAGAGGCGGUACUUCCGGGAAAACAUGCAGAAGGUCGUCAAGAUCCAGAGCUUUGUCCGAGCAAAGCUCCAGGGAGAGGCCUACAAGAGUCUCACCACCGGAAAGAACCCGCCAGUUGGUGCUGUCAAGAACUUUGUGCACUUACUCAACGAUAGCGACUUUGAUUUCAACGAAGAAGUGGAGUUUGAACGACUUCGAAAGACAGUGGUCCAACAGGUCAGACAAAAUGAGAUGCUCGAACAGUACAUCGAUCAGCUAGAUAUCAAGAUCGCCCUGCUCGUCAAGAACAAGAUCACUUUGGACGAGGUUGUGCGGCAUCAGCACAAUUAUGGAGGGCACACGGGCACACUGCUCGCAAACAGCUCCAUGGUCUCGGCCAACCAAUUUGAUCUCAAGGCGCUCAACAAGAACUCGAGGAAGAAGCUGGAUCUCUACCAACAACUGUUCUUCAACUUGCAAACCCAGCCUCAGUACCUGGCCCGCCUUUUCAAGCGCAUCCGCGAGCAAGGCACGCCCGAGAAGGAGACCAAACGCGUGGAGCAUUUGAUGAUGGGACUCUUCGGAUAUGCCCAGAAACGGCGAGAGGAGUACUAUCUCCUCAAGCUUGUGUCGCGGUCCAUCAAGGAGGAGAUCGAUUCUUGCACCUCUGUGCAGGACUACCUGCGUGGCAACUUCUUCUGGUCGAAGCUGCUCGGCAACUACACCCGCUCCCCUCGUGAUCGAAAGUACCUGAGAGAUUUGCUUGGACCCCUGAUCAAGGACAACAUUGUGGAAGAUCCCGCCCUGGACUUGGAGAGCGACCCCAUGCAGAUCUACCGGUCCGCUAUCAGCAACGAAGAGCUUCGCACCGGCCAGCCCAGCAGGAGACCACUUGACAUUCCCAGAGAACUUGCUAUAAAGGAUGCAGAGACCCGGGCACUGUUCAUUGACCACCUCCGUGAUCUCCGCGAGAUCUGCGACCAAUUCCUGCUGGCCCUGGAAGAUCUCCUGCCGCGCUUGCCGUAUGGGCUCCGCUAUCUCUGCCAGCAGAUGUUCCGCUUCCUCUGUGAACACUUCAAGCGAGAACCGCAGCAGAAUCUGCUGCAGAUGGUUGGAAACUGGUUCUGGAGGUUCUAUCUCUACAAUGCCCUCACAGCCCCAGAGAAUGUAGGCGUUAUCGAGAGACAGCUGAGCCCUCUGCAAAAGCGCAACCUCAGUGAGGUGGCUAAAGUGCUGGGGCAGGUUGCGACGGGCCGCCACUUUGGAGGUGAGAAUGUGUACCUGCAACCACUGAACGCAUUUCUCGGAGAGUCGAUCGAGCGCUUCAACCAAAUCAUGGUGGACCUCAUCGAGGUGCCCGAUGCAGAGAGCACAUUCGACAUUGACGAGUUCAACGACCUGUACGCAAAGAACCGCCCGACGCUGUACAUCAAGAUGAGCGACAUCUUUGCCAUCCACAGUCUGAUCGCUAGCGACCUACCCUUCAUCUGCCCGAACCGUGAUGAUAUACUCCGCGAGAUUAUGCAAGAUCUAGGCAGCGCGAAAAACAACGAGAACGAAAUGACAGCUACGGGCUCGUCCGAUAUUCAGAUGUUCCUCACGCCCAAGCUGCAUGAUGUGGAGGAUCCGGAAGCUGCAGCCAAGGCCUUGUUCAUGGAGACAAAGAGGUGUGUCCUCUACAUCAUCCGUGUGCAGAGUGGUAGCAACCUUCUCGAGAUUCUGGUAAAGCCCAUCUCACCAGAGGACGAGCACAAGUGGGCCAAAGUUCUACGAGAAGACUUCUCGGGCCAAGGCCACACCAGAGGUGCCUACUCGGACGCCAACAUGGUGGACGUCACGAGGAUGUCCUACUACGAGCUCAAGAAAACUGCCCUUGAGAACGUCAUGAGGCUUGAGCACAUGGGCCGCAUCUCCAAGCACAACUAUUAUCAGGACGUCCUCAACGCCAUCGCCCUCGAUAUCCGCACCAAGAGCAGGAGGAGGGUGCAGAGACAACGUGAGCUUGAGGGCGUCGGUCUGACCCUCGCCAAUCUUCAUGAGAAGGCCAAGUAUCUAGAGCAGCAGCGGAAGAGCUACGACGACUACAUUGAGCAGGCCAUGUUGACACUGCAGAAGAACAAGGGAAAGAAGAAGUUCCUCCUCCCUUUCACUCGGCAGUAUAACCACCAGCGCGAGCUCGAGCGCAGCGGCCGGGUCCCCAAGUUCGGCUCGUACAAGUACAGCGCGCGACAGCUCAUGGACAAGGGCGCACUGGUCAGCUGGUCAGGCACGGCGGACCGCGACUGGGACAAGAUCAACCUGACCAUCUCUUGUGACCAAGUUGGCGUGUUCGCCAUCGAAGGAUCCCGAGGUCACAUCCAGAUCCCCGGCGCCAGCGCCCUUGUGCCUAUCGAGGAUCUUCUGCAGGCACAGUUUGAGUCGCAUCAGUUCAUGACACUGUUCGAGGGCAACCUGAAAGUGAACGUGAAUCUCUUGUUGCAUUUGUUGUACAAAAAGUUUUACAAGACUCAAUGA